GUCUCACGUGUCCAGGGCUGUCUCCUCUCACAUGACCCGAGUGUUUGUCCCCGUGAUCAAGCACUUCCAUCUCCAUCCAUCGCACUGAAGACCCCCCCUCCCCACUGUUUUUUUUUGAAAUUCCGACCCUGAUGGAUAUUCUCGAACAGAGUCUGGACAACGCCAGCCAAGAUAAACAAGACGAGGAGGUGCAAGCAUCUGACAACGGAACCGGAGACGAGCAGACAGGUGUCACCACACAUCAGGCCGUCGCGUUUGGGGAUCACAACAUCGAGUACCAGUUAAGCACUGACGGGGGACAGGUGACUUACCGUGUGGUCCAGGUCACUGAACAGAACCUUGAGGGACGGGACGACGUCGGCGGGGCGGUGGGUGUCGUCUCUGCGGCGUCUUUCAGCAGCGCUCCUCAGGCUGUUGCUCAGGCGGUGAUCCAGAACCCUUUCAGUAAUGGGGGAAGCCCGGCCGGGCAGUCGGCAAGUGGGGAAGCGCGCUUCGCCUAUUUUCCUGCGGCGGCGGUGAGCGACGGCUCCGUGGCUGUGCAGGCCGGCGCCACCUCUGAGCCCACGCUCACGCAGGCGGGAGGCCAGUUCUACGUGAUGAUGACCCCUCCCGAUGCCAUUCAGAUGGGCACCACGCGGAGUAUUGCCCCACGCACGCAACCCUUCCCAGCAGAUGAAAACGAGACGCUGCGGCAAGAAGGUUUAAACUGGAAAAUGGACGGGCCCCGAACACCGCGAGAUGAAAGGAGGAGAGCGCAGCAUAAUGAAGUUGAGAGGCGGCGAAGGGACAAAAUCAACAACUGGAUUGUGACCCUCUCCAAAAUCAUCCCUGACUGCAACAUGGACAGCACCAAAACUGGAGCAAGUAAAGGCGGAAUCCUGUCCAAAGCGUGCGACUACAUCCGCGAGCUGAGGCAGGGCAACCAGCGGCUGCAGGAGAGCCUGAAGGAGGUGGAGAGGAUCCAGGUGGACAAUGAGCUGUGCAGGCAGCAGAUUGAGGAACUGAAGAACGAGAAUGCCUCGCUGAGAGCGCAGCUUCGGCAGCGCGGCAUCGAGAUGGUGGGGGAGACGUCGCCGCAGUAGCGAUGAAGGAGCCGCCGCCGCUGCGCCACUUUCGGAAAAGCAAAGCAAGGACUUGUGAAGAAUCAC